AUGGCUGCACCAGCAACUGGCGGGACAACCCCUAAGACAAUAUACAUAGCAGAACUACCCAACGCAGAAAACAUAGUAUUCCGAGACUCUUAUUUUUUUAAGAAGGAGGGAUAUGACCUCCCGUCUCCCGAGGAGAUUCGAGAAAAGGAUAUCGAGAUCAACGGCUUUCGCGCGCGGUCGCCACGCCCUCCACCAAUCCCGUUCGAAGAACUGGGACUAGUCGUCAAGUAUGGCUCUGCCAUCACGAUAGCCGAAGCGCAGUGUCUUUGGUAUUUCAACAAAUACAUGAAAGACGAAGUACCCACACCAGAAUUAUAUGGAUGGUGCCAUGAUAAUGGCGAGACCUUCAUAUAUAUGGAGCUUGUCAAUGCCGAUACGCUGGAAGAUGCGUGGCCGUCAUUUAGCCAAGAAGAUCAAGACGUAAUUUGCGAGCAGCUCCGUAUGUUCGUGGAGGCAUGGCGUAACCUCCGCCAGGAGACGGAACCAUACUUUAUCGGCGAUAUCAUCUUCAGUGACGCGGGCGAUGCGAAUGCCGGCCCGUUCGAAGGCGUAAAGGAAUUCCAUGAUUUCUUCGCGCGCUAUUCCUGUCGCCUACAUCCGGACUGGAACCCUCGCCGGGAUUUUCCCGAGCUAGCCGGCUUGACAGAUGACCAACCGGUGGUUUUUACGCACGGCGACCUAGACAGGAGUAACAUACUCGUCUACCCGAGGAAUGGAGAUACUCCCCCUCGCGUUGCGGCUAUUAUCGACUGGCACCAAUCCGGAUGGUAUCCAAGAGAUUGGGAAUGGCUUAAAGCGCAGUCGAUGUGUUAUGCUUUGAGUGAAGGAGGCCGGGACAUAGCUUGGCUGUUGAAGAUCAGGAAACCAGCGGAUAAAGACUAUCUCAUGGCUUGGGAAUUCAUCGUGGGCUCUUUGGGAUUCUGA